GCGCUUUGCGCCCUCUUUUGUCUGUGAUAGCACCUCUUUCUUAGAAAUCCUGGCUACGCCCCUGUACACCCCUGUACUGUACCAGAUACUGUACUCACUAUACUGUAGUCUCGCAAGCCUCUUUCAGGGUCUGGGGUCCACAAGACUAUGGCUACCGGUGGUGGACACGGUGUCGACAGUGGAGAGGCAUCGCCACUAGAUGACAUGUGUGAUGACGUGUCGCCACUGUAUGAUCAACUCUAUCCUGCUCGUACUACGUGGUACAAUAUUGGAUUGAAGCUGAACAUCAAUAGUGACGACUUGAGUGCGAUCCGCGAAAUAAACAGCCAAAAUCUUGACACCUGUCUCCGUGAAAUGCUGAUUAAACGUCUGCACUCUGGUGUUCCCCUCUCAUGGAGGGAUGUGUGUGACUGUCUCCGAUCUCCAACCGUGGACCGUAAGGAUGUGGCGAAGAAGAUUGAGGAGUGGAGAAUAGGAAUGACGAGCAGAAAGCAGUCUCUUACUACUCAAUUUUCGUCUCCUUUAUCAGAAACUGGCCUAAUUGGUAUACGGUCAGAUUACUCAAGCCUGGAUGACCAAGUUAAACACCUGGAGGAGAUCUUUAAUUUGAUAACUAACGAAGGGUAUCGACGAAUUAAGAACUCUGGCAUUAGUGUAGAAGAUUUCUAUGCUAUUAUAACGAGCAUGAGUGUAUCGUUAAAGCACAUUGCAGGAAAUUAUGUUGAAGAAUGCUUUGAGAAAGCAAACACGCUCGCAAAGAUGUGGGGCAAGUUAAAUCAAUUCUGGGAUUUCUUAAACUAUGAGCUCUUCCAACAUGUGGUUCGAGUUAUGUUCACUGAAGCAGACGAUCCUUUGCUGAGGAAGCUAGCCGAGUACGAAAGUGAAAGGGAAACAUUUCUAAAUGAAACGAAACUUUGCGAUUUUGUUGACCAUUGGCCAUUUUUAAUCACAAAGCCAAAUAAACAAUCGAUAGUUAAGUUGAAACGAAUAGUCGUUACAGUACGCAAAAAAUGGAAAGACUGUACUUUGUAUGAUGUGAAGACAACUAACAAACUUUUUUCGAAAGGAUUUUCCUUACCGCAAGAAUUUAUGCUUGUGGCAGGUGGUAUCAAGAGCAGUGUCUCCAUCAUCUUAUAUGUCCCUCCUUCUCUGGCCUGCUCAAUAGAGGAACAGGUGAAGCAAGGAAAAGUAUUUAAUUUCUUAGCAGACAACGGCUUUCUAUCUAUCACCAUCGAUGGUAUUCAGGUCUACCCCCUGAGGCAGGCUUCUCUACAAGAUUGUUCAUCUUCCAACUCAUCUACCGAGUAUCUCUCAGCAGAGGAAGAGCUCUCACAAACUGUACCAUUGUCUGGUUGGCCACCAGACCAACUGCCUGUAUUGGAAGACAGCAGAGAAUCUGUGCUAAGUCUAACUGUGAAUGAUGGUGAUUUAAAGAAGCAGAAGCGAGAUACCUCUGGUGCUUCUGCGUUCACAACCAUGGAGACAUCCCGACCUUCAAAAUAUAGUACGCCACGUCCGCUUAACAUGCAAGUGCUUAUGGAGAGAUACUGUCUAACUGAACAUCAACUCAAUUGUGAAAUAGGACAAGAUGAUAUCACCCUCUUGGCUAAACAUUUUGAAAAGAUUGAAUUAUAUUUCGACCUAAUGAACCUAAGUUCAGCUGAAAAGGAUGACGUGGAAAAAAUUAUGCAUUCAAGAGGCAGCCAAGUUGCGAUGAUCAAGUGUUUAUCUCUGUGGAAAGGACACGAUUCUUUCAAAGCAACAUUUUUAGCUCUACUAGAAAUUUUAAUAAAGCUGGAGAAAGGAGAGAUAGCCAGAAACGUCUGUCAGUAUUUGGCUGAAAAAAAUGAGACUCAGAGCAUUGGAGUGUUGACUCGAGAGUCUUUAUCAUCAGACCUUAGUGAUACAAAUGAAUCAUUUACAUCUAGUGAUCAUGCAACUGAAUCUGUUUCAUCAUUGGGAUCGCAGCUAGUACCUCGCCUGCAAUUUGAGUGUGGGUGUGGGCAAUGCACUGUGUAUGGUUUCAUCACUGGAGAGACCUGCCCUAAUCCUAAAGCUUUUCCAUUUCCUAAGUUAGAAGUCUAUGGAAUUCCUUCGGACGAUAUCGACUAUAUUGAAAUGGAGUUGCUUCACCAAUCAACAAAACUGCACAGAAGUUUUUGCGAGUUAGUGAUGGACACAUUUAAUCACAUGCUAGAGAGGUCUGUAGACAUACAGAAAUUAAUUAUUUAUUUGAAGUACAUUUUAAAGCGUAAAUGGUAUUUCCCAUCGACCAGCUCACAAGUUUCAGAUUGCUUGGAUGGUCUCGAAAGUUUUGAUGAUAUUGGAAUCUAUUUGACAAAACAGCAAUACUGUUCAUGGUUUGAUUAUGAAUUGAUUGAACAUCUACGAACUAAAUAUCUGUUUGCUAGCAGUGAUUCAGUUUUGGAUGACUACAAAGCUAAAUUUAAAUUGUAUGUUAGUCAGCGUUGCUUUAUCUAUCUGCACGAUGAGGGUCCUUGGCCAAAACACCAAGUUAAAGUGAAGUGCAAACUAGACUUCAAGUAUGAACAGCUCUCGCAUGCAGUUAUCAAACAUCUGAAAUAUGUAUUUGCUAAAAUUCUCGGCUCACCGAACUACCAUGUAUGUUUCAAACAAGCGAGACAAGGCUGUACUGAGCUUGUAUUCGGAGCACCUCCUUACUUUAGGGAAAUCCGCCAGCUGUCAAAGUAUCAGAAAUCUCAGCUCAAGGCCCAUGGCUUCCUCAAAGUUAUUAUAAUGGAGCAAAAUCUACUCGAAGUUGACUCAGAAGAAGUUAGACUGAAAGACACAGGUUCUGUGUCUAGUCUCGAUAAUAGUGAGCUGGGUGAGAUCAGCAGUACAUGUAGUGAAGUAGACUAUGAGACAAGUGAUAGAGAAGAGGCAGAUAUUGAUACCACAGACCUUGAAUACACCUUUACAGGUCCUGGAUCUGAAGUGGAAGUAACCUACAACCAAAUUCUCAACACUAUUUGUGAAAGUAAACUUGAACUACAAGAGAAAAUGGAUCUAAACGUGUCUCCAUGCUCGCUCUGGAAAGCUCUUCACGGUGGACAGCAAUAUAUGGCAUUAGUAUACAAUGGCAAAAGUGAUAUACUGAAAUUCAGCAAAUACAUUGAAGAUGUGCAAAAGAAUAAGCCCAAUGUAAUGCCAGCAAAAUGUGUUCAUAUUGAUACUAAACUCUCUUUCCACCCCAUUAUCUUGUUUGAAGUUCAGCAGCCAUUAAAAGAGUAUUGCUUUUCAUCUGAGGCCAUAUCUGAAAUACAACAGCUGUCAUUGUUAUCGAAUGCUGCUAUUAGUGUUCUUGGGUUCUCGUCAAGUAUUACCCUUCAAUUGACUACAGAAUCUCUGUUUGUACACAAAUCUAGUACUAAUGACACAAAAGCUAUGUUUUUACCUAUAUAUGAGCAAUCAUACUUCCAUCAAUUGGAACCCAAAAUCAAACCUGAGUUACCUAGCUUGAAUUGGCUCAACGAUAGUCUUCUUUUGAUGGUCCAUCGUAAACAGUGCAACAGCAAUUCCAAACUACCUGAAAACCACAUUCUCUUCAACAUUUUCAAGCACAGGUGGUUCCCAGACGAUAAACUAGGCUCCUCAAGUACUGUAACAGCAGAUGUUGCCAAAGAACUAGAACACAUACUAGAGUUGGAGAAAACCAGACUGGAAAUGAAAGCUACUCUUGAACUAGCAGAUUCUGAAUAUUUGGAGGUACCACAUUUGCACAUGCUUCUCAUUGGGCACACGGGAGUUGGAAAGACGUCCAUCAGAAAGCAUCUUCAGAACAUUCCCUUUAAUGAUAAGGAGAAAAGCACAAUAAUAAUGGAGCAAGAGCUGCUAUACCAAGAAACAUUUGAAAGUACAAUAGACUCCAAGAAAAGCGCCGUGGUAUUUAAGAAGUACGACAGCGUUUAUAAGAGCAACCCAGAUAAUAUUUAUCUAACUCUCUGGGAUACAGGAGGGCAACCAAUGUUUCAAGAUCUUCUUCCUUGCUUCGCCAAAUUUAGAUCCAUUUAUGGUAUUGUUGUUCGACUUUGUGAUUUGUUGGAAAAUUCUAACGCUUCCAUUAGACCUACCUGCCCACUUGAAAUAGAGAGAGAGUCUCCUUACACAUAUACUGAUUACCUGUAUCGAUGUCUUUCCUUCUUAGACUCUAAUUCACUGGAUGUGCAUCUCAGCAACCUUCCAGAUAUAUUAAAGAAGAGAGUAUUCGAAUUAGCUAGCGGAACGGUUUUUCCUAAAAUAGCAUUUAUCGGUACUUUUAAAGAUCAGAUUAAAAUAGAUGACAAGCAAGACUUGGAUCAAAUGCUCCUUCAGUUAAAACUCAAUCUGAACUCUCUAGGAACGAACUUUCAUGAAAAGGUAAUCUUGCCUUUAGCUUCUACACCCAACUCUUUUAUGUUUGAGAUAGACAACACACAAUCAGGAGCAAAGUAUGAUGAUCCUGGAAUGAAAACUUUGCGAGAGCAAAUAGUUUCUUGCACAAAGAGUGCCAAAGCAAAGAUACCUAGGAAAUGGAUUGCUUUCAAGAUUGAUCUAGAACGAGAAUCACGUUUACAACAGUCUUGCACAGGAAUUGUGACAUUUGAAAAAGCUAGUGAAAUAGCUAAAAAGUGUAAAACAGACCUUAGAGCAGCUCUCUGUUAUUUUCAUGAACUUGGUAUCUUCAUAUGGUAUCACGAUAAGAAAAGGCUCCAAGAAUAUGUUUUUGUUGAGCCUAAGAACCUACUUUCCAUUCUUGGAACUAUUCUUGAUCCCCAAGUGUAUAUUGAUCAUCCUAAGCAAUGGAAGAGUCUUCAAACACGGGGUAUUCUGAAUGUUCAAGUUGGUAAAAAGCUUCUAGAGGGUAGUAAGACUGGUCUCCCGCUAUCAUGGAUUCUAAACUUCUUUGAUGAACACCAUUUAGCAAUGCAUAUGCCUUUACUGGAAAGCUACUUUAUUCCGUCUAUGCUCCAAGUGCUUCCCAUUUGUCCUAAUCAUCAGCAUGUAUUUCAUACGAGAAUUUCAGCCUGUUCUGCACUACCUAAUCAUCAGCAUGUAUUUGGUACAAGAAUUUCAGCCUGUUCUGUAUUACCAGCCGAUUUACAAGUGGCACCACUGUUUUUGGUCCCAAUCUCUAAGUUUAUACCACCAGGUUUUUUUCCAAGACUAAUGACCGUACUUUCUGGAAUCAAAAAAGGCAGAAUAAUAUGGAAACUGUCACCCGAUUUUAUAAAUUGUAAGAACAUGGUGUCGUUUGAAAUUAAUAACCAGUUUCGGCUUGUAUUCACUGAGUUUAUUGAUUGUGUUCGAGCUCACUUUGAUGGACUUAAUGAUAACAAUAUUCCCCAUCUUGACCUAUGUCUUCAAAUUGUAUCCACUCUGAAUGUGCAGCUGCAAAGAGUUAUCAAUACGAAAUCGAUGCGCUUAACAUUUGUGUGUUCUUGCUCCGAACAUUCAUCUAGCAUCCACUUUCUCAAAUAUUUGCCAUUUGCAACUGAUAACCAUGUACCAUGUGGUGAACAUACUGGCAAACAAAUGGAGCUCACUGCUGCCCACAAAAUAUGGUUGACCGAUGAACAUCAUCCAAAGAUAGCUACUCUAAAAGAUGCUGAGGCUAGAUUUGGAGCUGCAAUGCAAGGAAGCAAAUUUGGUGUGCGGUUCACAACAAUCCUUUUUACUGGACUGCCAGAAUCAGAUGUCUAUGCUUGCAAACAAAUGAUCAUGGAUAAAAAGUUUACGCCAACACUUUCAUUGGAUUCCAUUCAACCUGGACCAGCUAACUUUCAAUUUAGUUGCUACACUGUCAGUGGUGAACGUUUUAAAACUCUACAAGAUGACGAUUUGGAUAUGUUAUUUGCUUGUAAUGCUGCAGUACAGACUCCAAAGAGAGCUAAAAAUGACAGGUCAUCCAAAGAAGCAUCAAGCAAUGUGGAUACAGUGCUUGUUCAGACUCCAAAAGGAGCUGAAAAUGAUGAGUCAGAUAAAAAUGUUAUGCAACAAGGACCCAAAGCAUCAAAUGAUUUGGAAAUGGUGCUUGCUCAAGCUGAAAAGGACGAGUUAGAUGAACAUUCUAUACAACAAAGACCCGAAGAAGCAUCAAGUGAAAAUCCUGAAGAAAACCCUAUUCAAUCUGUUGGUAAAGAAGUAUCAAGACCGAUACAUGUUGGAAAUUCCCCACAGCAUCAUAUUCUAAUCUAUGAGCCAAUACCUAUGAAAAGUCUCUUACAAUGUGUCUCUUCUGAGAAAAUUUUGCAACUAAUGGUCAAUCGUGAUCGAUCGCUUACAACAGAUUUCGAUAAUUUGACUAUUAUUAAUUGCGUAUGCUGCUCUGAUGUUUGGUUGUUAGAUGUACUACCAAUUUUCCUUCAAGGGAUUGCCAUAGGCAUUAACUCUAUUAGUAUGAGCCAACAUCUUGAACAAGAAAUAUUCCUUCAGGAAAUGUCAGUUUCUAGACAAGUAUCUCUCACUAGCAAGCAACUAAUAAAAGACAUCAGUGUACUAGCAACAAAAUUGCUAGUUGUUGGAAAGCACGCAGAAGUUAAGUCGAUUGAAACUAAUGAGAGAAUGAGUGAGAUUCUUUUUAGGGACAAUGGACAGGCAAAGUUCAUUACAGGUGAGGAUGGAAAACAAGCAAUAUUUGAAGUCGGAAAAGCAUGGAGAGAGAUAGAAAACAUUGAGCAGCAUCUAGUAUCAUCGUUGGCUUUGAUUGAACUGAAGCAGGUCUCUCUAUCCUGGCAUAUGCUUGGUCACGCUAUCAAGAAAGUUAUGCAACAAUACAAUCGGUCAUUUAUUAGCAAACAAGAAGUAUUGAUUAUUGCCACCAAUUUCAAACUAUCUAUUACUGAUCUUGAAAUUGCUUUACUUAACUUGCACAUGAGUGGCUUGAUUCUUUAUUAUGGCAAUGUCCUUCCAAAUGUGAUAUUUAAAGAUUCGACCGUAUUGAUCGAAUUGAUUGCACAGAUAAAUCUUUAUGCCAUGCAACAUAAUCAAGGAGCUAUUAUUCCCCUCACUGCAUUUGAAGCUUGUGAACAAAUGUAUGCUGGAGGAUUGUUCACAUGUAAAGAAGCUAUUUCCCUCUUCAGAGAUUUACAUAUAUUAACUGAGUUGGAAACUACUUCGUUAUUCUUGAUGCCAUGCUUACUGAGGGAAGAAGUCAGUGUUGAAACUCUCAGCUCUAUUUUCAGUGCAAAAGACACCAAAGUUGCUCCACUUGUGAUCCAGUAUUCAUUAUCCCGUGGCAUGUUUGAGUACAUAAUGUGCUACUUGUGCUCACAGUGCAAUCGUCACCCAUGGCCAUGGAAAAUUAAGGCUCCUCAAUUUCGAGUUUUCAAAAACUGUGUGCAGUUCAUUUUACCCGGACUGAAUGUUCUAAUUACUUUGUAUAGACAGGAAGAUGCUGAAAUGACUGUUUAUGUCACUUCAAUGCAAGAUCAUGAAAUUCUACCAUCUAUCAGAGCAGCAAUUGUUAAUGGUUUCAACAAAGCCGCGGAAGCAUUUCACAUUUCUGGCCAAGCUUUUCCUGUUGUGGGGUUUCACUGUACAUGUGGUCAGGUUAACUACACACACAUGAUCGUUCCUAGCACAGAGGGUCACUGGAAAUGUUCUGCUACAAAUGAAAUACUUGCACUUCUUUCUGUUCAAGACAUUUGGUUUAUCAAUGAUGUUUUACGUAAUGGUGCUGGCACAGUUACCGUUCACAACGUGUUUACUGAGCUCAUCCCAUGGUCCAAUUCGUGGUACAGAGUAGGGAUGCUCUUCAACUUGGAGAGUGAUGUGCUAGAAACCAUAACAGUACAGUACCACCGAGACACAGAUGCAGCACUAAUGGAGGUGAUCAGAAAAUGGUUCCACGCUCAUCACAACCCAAGCUGGGAGGAGGUUCAACAAGUACUCUUGUAUAUGAAACAAUCAGAUACUUCCCUAAUUGAACGUUACAUGACUGAAGAUGUCUUUAAAGAGUGUCUCCCUAGCCUUACACUCUUUGUUAGCAUAUCCACACUCCUUCCAUACUUGCUAAAAUAUCGUCUGGUACAUAUGGCUGACGUCGAUUCCGUACAAUCGCCGUAUCUUGACAAUUUAACUAAGAUAACUAAUCUUAUCCAACUAAUAAAAAGAAAUGGAGGUGAAAAUGGUUUUGACCUACUCUACGAUUGUUUAUUUAAUACCAGUGAGGAGCACCAAGGACAUGAUGAAAUUGUUGAAGAGCUUAACAAAUGUGCACUAUCCUUCUCAUCAGAUGUUGAUCAUGCUGUAGAGUCAGUGGAUGCACUCAUCAGGGAAAUCUCUGACCACAUUGGACCAGAUUGGAUGGUCCUAGCCAGAGGUCUUGGUUUUACGGAAACUAACAUUCAAUCAAUUGAAUACACCCAUGAACGAGACCUAAAAGAGCAAAUUUAUCAGUUUUUCUACGAGUGGAAGCGAAGAAAUGGACAAGAUGCUACUCGAGAUAAACUCUUUACUGUCUUGUAUGAGAGUGGAUUAAAUGAAGUCUUGAAGAAAUCAAAGGCUCAAAAAAGCUCUCCAUUGACUGAGGAAGACUCUGAUGCUCUAGAAAAGCUGCUUCUAGACAAGAACAUCAAAAGAUUUGCUUUGACUGGAGAGAGGACAUAUAAGACAGUUAUACACCACCUUCGUGAGCUCGGACACGAGGAACUUGCUGCAAAGCUCAGACCAAACCUCGACAAAGUGAUUGGAGAGCAAAAGCGAUAUCUGAAGAAAUUGGACGAUCUGAUGACUGACAAAGAGACUAUCUCCAUGCAGUACCUCCGCCUCUUUCUUGUCGGGCCACCAUCCGUGGGAAAAACAACAACUCUUAGUCGUUUGCUGAAAGAUAUCGAAAACAUCAGUUCUGCUGGAGACAAGGCAAAGCUACGCAGUACGCUACUCGCCAAUUGCCAUCAAGUGGUCACCUACAUGAACAAAGAUGUCACAGAUUGGGUUUGUUCCAAAGACGUAGAAGAGGAAGCAAAGAUCCUCUUUGGCUACAUGUACAGUAGCAAGGUCGAUGAAGUCCCAAGUGCCACAAGCCAGGAAAAGACAAAAACUGUCCCCGAAAGCGAAAAGCACACAAGCAUACCCAAGCCACCUUCUCUGGAAAAGCCUCGGUCAAAGCCUCAAAAAGAAACACGCACUGAAAGACGAGAGGAUGCUUACCAACAGAACAGGCGCAUACCGAUCAAGGCUCGACUGCAAAAGCUGAUAAAGAGCGGAAACUUCUUCGAAAUGGCCAAAUGUCUUGGCAAUACCUUGCUAAACAUCAAUGAUGUUGGAGGACAACCUGCCUUCCUAGAAAUGCUACCAGCCCUAUGCAAUGGUCCUGCCAUGUAUCUAGUGUUCUUGGAUCUGAGCAAGGAACUUGACAAGCCCUACGAUAUUCCCUUCAGUCGUGACAACACAGUCAUUACUCCAUUCAAAGCUGUUCACACAGUGGAAACCACAGUCUCUCAAAUCCUCUCAGCAGUUGCCAGUAUCCAUCACAUCUCUCGAGAAGAUACCAAGUACAAAACCAUCUUCAAAUUGAACGAGAAGUUUGAAAAUUUCCAACAAGUUCGUCCGGUAGCAGCUUUAAUCGGUACUCACGUGGACAAGUUGGAGAAUCCGAAAGAGAAAAUCAAGCAAGUCAACCAUGCUCUGAAACCAACCACUCAAAAGUUUUCCGAGAUCCUUGUAUCCCCUCCGUCUGAUUCUGAAUCUUCAUUUUUUGCCGUGGACAAUUUUGCUGGAACUGAACAGUCUGACAUUGCCCCGAUUCGUGAUUUCUUGAGCGAUGUUUUCGCCCGUUACUUCAAGGAUGCAUCUCUGCCCAUCAAACCGAAAUGGCUUCUACUGGGCACACUACUGCGGAUGGAGUACUCAAUCGUGUCGAUGGAAGACUGCCUGGAAAUAGGGAGAUUGUUGGAAAUGGAUGAAGAAGACACCAAAUUCUGUCUGUGGUACCUACAGAAGAUUGGAUCCAUACUCCAUUACGGGAAUGUACCCAAUGAUAUCGAUGGCUGGCUGAGCAACCACCUGUUUUGCAGUCCUGAAGUGAUCUUCACUAGCAUCAGCCAACUGAUACUUGCUGCUUUACGCAUCCUCCAUUCUGAAGGCUACGUCACUGAGUUUGAGCGAGCAGAGUUGGUCAAGAUGGGGCAGUUUUCACUGGAGGCCAUUAUCAAGUACUGUACUGGUCCCGAUGUUACAAAGAUGCUCAAGAAAGGAGAGAUUAUCCCAGCCAAGCAUCUCAUCAUACUGCUGCAAUAUCUCAACCUUCUGUCCGAAAUUGUCCACGAAGAUGCCAAUGAUCCGAAGGUCACUCGAAUCACGUACCUCAUGCCUGCUAUUUUGGACUGUGCUUCACAAGAGGAGCUGACCAACCCACCUCCACCAGACACCAACAACCCAGAACCACUCCACAUCACAUUCAGCUUUGGUUACGUACCAACAGGAGUCUUCUGUGGGCUCAUCACUCGACUAGUUUCCCAAGGCCCUCAUGGAAUUCUCGGAUUGACGUGGGAAUUGGUGGAAGAUGGCGUCAAACGAAAUUGUGUUUCGUUUUCUAUCGAUGAUGUUCAUACGGUUACGCUACUCUCCCACGAAAAGAGCUACGAAAUUCGAAUCUCUCGAGACGACCCUGACACCUCUCUUCAUGACCUCUGUGGAUAUGUGCUGGAAACAAUCCUCUACACUAUCAAGUGCCUAUUCCAGCAUCUGGUGAUGCAUAUUGCAUUCCAAUGUCCCUGUUCCAAAGAUUGUACUGAACGCAGCGUCAACCAUCUGUGUGCUCUCUCUAGCAAAUCACGAAUCAGGUUUAUCUGUGAGGCUUCCAAGAAAGCAGUUGGUCUCAAAUCAGAACAGCAAGUCUGGCUGGGGAAGCACGUGUGUCUAGGAAGCAGGACGGAACUAGAGGUGCUAAAGUUUGCUGAGGAUGGUUUCUCCUUCCACUGGAGCAAAGAGGGCUCCAGACGUCAGAUCAAGACAACUGAUGAUCAACCCAACACUGUGAGUUUCCAGAGUGUGAGAGAGGAGGACUUUGGUCACUACCAGUGUGAGGUGAAGGAUGCAGCUGCUGGGAAAGUGCUCCUCACUCUCUACACAGCUCUCUACAAACACCAGUCAAAAUCGUCACCAUUUUUGCAUCGUAGCAAAAACCAAACAGUAGAAAUUUCAAAACUGCUUCUGACUGGAGUGGAUAUUCCAGACAUUUUAAAGAAGCUGAGAGGUGCCAGCAACAAUUGGUUCAACUUGGGACUGGCCCUCGGGAUAAACUAUUACGAGAUGAAGAAUAUUCAAGAUCGAUACCAAGAUAACAAUCGCCGCCUAAUGAUGGUGGUAGCCAAGCGCCUUGAAGUAACUGAUCCAGAGCAUCCGAUGACAUGGCCUUACAUAUGUGAAUGUCUAAGGAGGCCUACUGUUGAGCGUAACGAUGUAGCCGAGGAAAUUGAAGACAAGUAUUUGAGGACAGCAACUGCAGUUGCUCAUAGUGCCACCAAUUGAUCAUGAGAACCUGACAAGAUACUGGAGUUACUUGAAAGGGACGAAUAAAUGUCAAGUAAAGAAAACUAACUUUUAAACAUCACACAACACAAACUAGUAACAUUCUUUGUAUAAUACGUUUUUAUGAUCUAUCCUUAAUUAAGCACUCAAAAAUUGUAAUAGAAUCGUAACGUAGCAAGUCAUUUUUACUUAUAAUUAUACUUGCAUAUUUUUUGUGUGUCCCUUUUUACUAGCUAUGAGAGUAGAAGUAAUAAAAUUUUCUUGCCCUAACUGA